GGCCGGGGCGCUGGCCGGGGAGGCGAGCGGGAAGGCGGGCGGCGCGGCGGGGGACCGAGCCCUGGGUCGGGAGGCUGUAUUGCUUGGUCCGGGGAGCGAGUGAGUACUGUGUAACCGCUCGCUGCCCAAGAUGGUGAAGCUGGAUAUACACACGCUGGCCCACCACCUCAAGCAGGAACGGCUAUAUGUAAACUCAGAAAAACAACUUAUUCAAAGGCUCAAUGCAGAUGUAUUGAAGACUGCUGAAAAGCUGUACCGCACAGCAUGGAUUUCCAAGCAGCAAAGGAUUAACUUGGACAGACUGAUCAUAACAAGUGCUGAAGCUUCUCCUGCUGAAUGUUGCCAGCAUGCUAAAAUCCUGGAGGACACGCAGUUUGUGGAUGGAUAUAAGCAGCUGGGAUUUCAGGAGACUGCUUACGGAGAAUUCCUGAACAGAUUGCGAGAGAACCCUAGGCUUAUUGCAUCCUGCCUGGUUGCUGGAGAGAAGCUCAACCAGGACAACACUCAGAGUGUCAUUCACACAGUCUUUACCUCCAUUUAUGGCAACUGCAUCAUGCAGGAGGAUGAGAGCUACCUCCUCCAGGUCCUCCGUUACUUGAUUGAAUUUGAACUCAAGGAAAGCGACAACCCUCGGCGGCUGUUGAGACGAGGCACCUGUGCAUUCAGCAUCUUAUUCAAACUUUUCUCUGAAGGACUCUUUUCUGCAAAACUUUUUCUUACUGCAACUUUACAUGAGCCAAUCAUGCAGCUUCUGGUUGAAGAUGAAGACCACCUGGAAACAGAUCCAAACAAGUUAAUUGAGAGAUUCUCCCCAGUACAACAGGAAAAGUUAUUUGGAGAGAAAGGCACAGAAAAGUUCAAGCAAAGAGUCCAAGAGAUGGUUGACUCUAAUGAGGCCAAGCUAGUGACCUUGGUGAACAAAUUCAUUGGCUAUCUCAAACAAAACACUUACUGUUUUCCUCACAGCUUGAGAUGGAUAGUGUCACAAAUGUACAAAACACUCUCAUGUGUAGACAGGCUGGAGGUUGGGGAGGUCAGAGCAAUGUGCACAGAUCUUCUUCUAGCGUGUUUCAUCUGUCCUGCAAUUGUUAACCCAGAACAGUAUGGGAUAAUUUCUGAUGCUCCUAUAAAUGAGGUGGCAAGAUUUAAUCUGAUGCAGGUUGGGAGGCUUCUGCAGCAGUUGGCAAUGACAGGUUCUGAAGAGGGUGAUCCACGUAUGAAGAGCAACCUUGCUAAAUUUGACAAAAGCUGUGUUGCUGCUUUCCUGGAUGUAGUUAUUGAUGGGCGUGCAGUUGAAACUCCUCCAAUGUCUUCUGUCAACCUUCUGGAGGGGUUGAGCAGAACAGUGGUUUACAUGACAUACAGCCAGCUAACUACUCUGGUUGGCUUUAUGCGGAAUGUAAUGUCAAGUGAUCAACUUAAGGAAGAUCGGAUGGCUUUAGAAAACUUGCUGGCAAACUUACCCCAGAACAAACCAGGGAAAAGCAGCAGCCUCGAAAUGACUCCAUAUAAUACCCCACAACUUUCUCCUGCGACUACUCCAGCUAACAAAAAAAAUCGAUUGCCAAUAGGACAGCAAUUGGCAGCCAUUACUGCCUGGGAUACUUCUGCUACCAAUCUUUCAGCUCAUAUAACUCUAGUAACCCCUUUUGCAACUCGUAGCAGAAGUAGAUCAAAUAUUCUAAUGGAUCAGCAUGGCGAUCAUGAAGGAUCUUCCCAGGAGACUAUCCCAGAAGUUCAGCCAGAAGAAGUGCUGGUGAUUUCUUUGGGGACAGGUCCACAGAUUACUCCAGGAAUGAUGUCAGAAAAUGAGGUCUUAAAUAUGCAGCUUACAGAUGGCGGACAAGGAGAUGUCCCCGUUGAUGAAAACAAACUCCAUGGUAAACCUGAUAAAACCUUGCGCUUUUCCCUCUGCAGUGAUAAUCUGGAAGGAAUAUCUGAAGGUCCUUCAAAUCGCUCCAAUUCUGUGUCAUCUUUGGAUUUAGAAGGGGAGUCUGUGUCAGAGCUUGGUGCGGGCCCCUCUGGGAGCAAUGGUGUUGAAGCUCUGCAGCUGUUAGAGCACGAACAAGCCACAACUCAGGAUAAUCUUGAUGACAAGCUCCGUAAAUUUGAAAUUCGUGAUAUGAUGGGGUUGACUGAUGACAGAGAUAUAUCAGAAACUGUGAGCGAAACUUGGAGUACAGAUGUCUUGGGAAGUGACUUCGAUCCAAAUAUUGAUGAAGAUCGUUUGCAAGAAAUAGCAGAGCUGUCUUCAGGAAGCCUGUAUCUAGCUAUACGCUUCGGCUUUACUUUUGCAGGUGCGGCUGCAGAGAACAUGCUAGGCAGCUUGCUGUGUUUACCAGGUUCAGGAUCCGUGUUGCUUGAUCCCUGCACAGGUUCAACCAUAUCAGAAACCACAAGUGAGGCGUGGAGUGUGGAAGUAUUACCAAGUGAUUCAGAGGCCCCAGACUUAAAACAGGAGGAAAGACUACAAGAACUGGAAAGCUGUUCUGGGCUGGGUAGCACAUCUGAUGACACUGAUGUAAGGGAGGUCAGUUCUCGACCCAGCACACCAGGCCUCAGCGUUGUAUCAGGUAUUAGUGCAACAUCUGAAGAUAUUCCUAAUAAGAUUGAGGAUCUCAGGUCUGAAUGUAGCUCUGACUUUGGGGGAAAAGAUUCUGUGACAAGUCCUGACAUGGAUGAAACAGCCCAUGGAGCCAGUCAGUUGACAUCUCCUCCUUCUCAGACAGAUUCUUUACUUGCAUUGUUUGACCCUCUGUCAUCAAAUGAGGGUGUAUCAGCUGUAGUAAGGCCUAAAGUACACUAUGCAAGACCCUCUCAUCCACCACCGGAUCCACCCAUCUUGGAAGGAGCCAUGGGAGGUAAUGAGGCCCGAUUACCAAACUUUGGGUCUCACACUUUAAUUCCAACUGAUUUAGAAGCAUUCAAGCAGAGGCAUUCUUACCCGGAGCGGCUAGUCCGCAGUAGGAGUUCAGACAUAGUGUCGUCAGUUCGGAGACCCAUGAGUGAUCCCGGGUGGAACAGGCGUCCUGGUGCUGAGGAGAGGGAGCUUCCCAUGCCGACCACCAGCACCGGAGCAGCUGUGCUGGUGGCUGCGUCUCAGUCAUCAUCUUCCUCUCCCAGUAAAGACUCUUCUAGAGGAGAGAUUGAAGAACGAAAAGACAGUGAUGAUGAGAAGUCAGACAGAAACAAGCCCUGGUGGAAGAAACGUUUUGUGUCUGCCAUGCCCAAAGCUCCUAUUCCAUUUAGAAAGAAAGAAAAACAAGAAAAAGACAAAGAUGACAUGGUGCCUGACAGAUACUCAACACUUCAAGAUGAUCCCAGCCCAAGGCUCAGUGCGCAGGCACAAGCUGCAGAGGACAUUCUGGACAAAUACAGGAAUGCAAUUAAGCGAACCAGUCCUAGCGAAGGAGCCAUAGUAAACUAUGACAGUGCAGAGGCUAUUGGGGAUGGUGAGAGUAUGCAUGACUCUCCACGUGAUGAGGCUCUGCAAAACAUGUCUGCAGAUGAUCUCCCAGACUCUGCAAGUCAAGUAGCACAGCCACAAAGUUCUGCUUUCUCCUACAGGGAUGCAAAGAAGAAAUUGAGAUUGGCUCUUUGUUCAGCAGAUUCUGUUGCCUUCCCAAUGUUGACGCAUUCAACAAGGAACGGUCUGCCAGACCACACAGACCCUGAAGAUAAUGAAAUUGUGUGCUUCUUGAAAGUUCAGCUAGCUGAAGCUAUUAACCUCCAAGAUAAGAACUUGAUGGCUCAGCUGCAAGAAACAAUGCGAUGUGUAAGCCGCUUUGAUAACAGGACCUGUCGAAAGCUGCUGGCAUCUAUUGCAGAGGACUAUAGGAAAAGAGCUCCAUAUAUUGCUUAUUUAACUCGAUGUCGCCAGGGCCUGCAAACGACACAAGCACACUUGGAAAGGCUGUUGCAAAGAGUUCUGCGAGAUAAAGAAGUGGCCAACAGGUACUUCACUACAGUAUGUGUGAGGUUACUGCUAGAGAGCAAAGAGAAGAAAAUAAGGGAGUUUAUUCAAGAUUUCCAGAAACUCACAGCAGCAGAUGAUAAAACAGCCCAAGUUGAGGAUUUUCUUCAGUUCUUAUACGGGGCUAUGGCUCAGGAUGCCAUAUGGCAGAACGCCAGUGAAGAACAGCUUCAGGAUGCACAAUUAGCUAUAGAACGCAGUGUGAUGAAUCGUAUUUUCAAACUUGCAUUCUACCCUAAUCAGGAUGGAGAUAUUUUGCGUGACCAGGUCCUUCAUGAGCACAUACAGAGGUUAUCUAAAGUAGUGACGGCAAACCACAAAGCACUUCAGAUACCCGAGGUAUAUCUCCGGGAGGCACCGUGGCCAUCUGCACAGUCUGAAAUCCGCACAAUAAGCGCUUAUAAAACCCCCCGAGACAAAGUGCAGUGUAUCCUGCGAAUGUGUUCAACCAUCAUGAACCUGCUUAGUCUGGCAAAUGAAGAUUCAGUACCUGGGGCAGAUGAUUUUGUUCCUGUUCUGGUCUUUGUCCUCAUAAAGGCAAAUCCACCUUGCUUGCUGUCCACUGUUCAGUACAUUAGUAGUUUCUAUGCCAACUGUUUAUCCGGAGAAGAAUCAUACUGGUGGAUGCAGUUCACAGCAGCGGUUGAAUUCAUUAAAACUAUUGAUGAUCGCAAGUAACUCAAACAGCACAUGUAUGGGCAGACUGUUAGCAGAAGAAGAGUGUAUAAGAAUGUACAACAGCUGCAAAAGCUGAAGAAGAGACUUUCCUUGUAUAAUACUGUACAGAAUUGAGGCAUUUUAAAACACACCUUUACUAAUCAAAUUAAUUUAACAGAUUUUCCUCUUUUCUUUUGGUUGCAUUUUUCUCCCCUGUAGAUACUAGCACUGCAAAAGGGACCACAGUUGUUUUCAGGUAUUUUGGAAUCUCAAAACAUGCAGAAAAUUCUUCAUGCUUUUUCCACCACCCCUCAUCCUGAAUUCUUACUCACGUGAAUAAUUCACUUCAUUUAAUUUCUAAUAGAAAAUUGAAACAAAAAGAAUCAGGGCAACCACUUAGUAUACUUUCUAGCUUAAUACACCUUUUAUUAAUAAAGCACCAGCCACACUGAAAGUUUGUAGUAGCUGACAUUAGUUAUCAAUUUUAUUUCACCUAAAUUUAAAAUCUGAGAGGACAGUGUAAAUAUUAUAUAACUAUAUUUAAUGCAUUGCAAUUAUCUUUGGACUCAUUAUCCUUUGAAUAAACAAGCAAAAGCCUCUCUGACCUCUAACAGGUUGUGACAUACUGUGUUUUGGUACUGAAAGGACUUCCUCAAAAGACUAAGAUUAAAAAAGGGCAAACUGAACUAUUUAUUAAAAUGUAAUUAAGAUUACUGAAAUUUCUAAAACUGGAAUUUAUAAUAGACAGGGCUUGUUAGAUAGCUAAACACUUUUUGGCUAGGGCAUUAGGGUGUUAUAAAGGUUUGGAUAUAUAGAGGAGAGGGACUGUAAGUUACAAUAGAUAAGUCUAAUAUAAAAAAGGAGAAAUAAAAUACCUUACUGUAAUAUUUUUUUCUGAGAUAUUGUGUAUACUGUACAAACCCCAAACAGAGAUCCUUAACAGAACCUUGGACUGUAAUAUAUAUUUUGAUUAGUGACAUUAAAUACAUACGCCAGGGGUUUCAGUGAAUGUUUUUACUAAAUGUUCUUCGUGUUGUCUGCUAUGCAGCAGUGCAGGUUUUACUGUUCAUAUAAAAUAUUUUAAAAUAUAACACUGUUCUUUAUGAAACAUAUCAUGACAUCAGUUCAGGGUGUUUUAUAGAUUUCUCACCCCACCUUUCCCUUAAACUGACAAUUACCAAUUUAAAGAAGUUUUUAUGCGCAACACCACAUGGAUUUUUCAUGAGUGAAAUGGUCUGAGUAAUGGCCAGUGGUUGUUAUCUGUAUAUAAGCACUCGCUGUUCUUUUUUAGCUAGAAUUACAGUGAAAAAGGACAGCGAGCAUUUAGCUUUCAUGUCAGUAUUAUUUCUUGCUCUUCCCAGAGUGUUCAUUGCACUUCUGACCGAGGGAUGUGUUAAGACUUGGUGUCUGUGAGUGGUAAAGAAAGCAAAAUAUUUCUCGCAUUCUUUUCAAAAUACGAUUAAUUUUUUUUUUUUUUUUGGGUGUGUGUGUGUGCGUUUUGAUGAUUAAAACCUGUAAGCAACUAGUACUUGGGAAAAUCAUUUGGUUAAUUGAAAUUAGAGCAACUUAUGUAAGGUAUCAAGCGCUUGAUUUGGCUGUGCUACUUGUCAAGGCAUAAUUAAAGAAGCUUACUUUCUAGAACUCUAAUAUGUAAUUCAGUAUAGCAUUUUUGCCAAACUAAUUACAGGUGAAUGGGUGGAAUGGUAACUUUUUUCUUUUUUUUUUUUUUUCCUAUAGUCUUUCUCCUCUAUUAGAGACUUGAUUGUGUGGAGGAGCAAUACUCAGUAGAAACAAAAUUCUUCUGAUCUGCCUUACUGUGGUAACUCAGUCUGUGUAGCAUUGCAAUAUUCUAGUUAUUUAGCCUUGAUGGGUUUUUGGUGCUGAACAUGUAACUUAAUAUUGCAAGCACAGCCCUGACCAAUAACACUCAGCAGCGAAGCACAAACAUGCCCUUGAAGAUAUGGCCAGAUCAUAUCUAAAAGCAAUAUAAAUUUACUUAUAUUGAAGUGUCCUGUAAUAUUUAAUUAUUACUUGAAUUACUUGAUGUUAAGACCGAUGUAUGAAAGUUCUUUUAGUCCUGCAGUUUGGGUUUUAGUCGAGGAGAGUAUUUGUACAACCCUUAAAGAAGGCACAAAGACACUUAAAUUGGGGAUUACCCUGCACAUUGCUUCUGGUUGCAAACUUGGCAAGGAGGAUUUGAUCAGCACCAUCAGGUCUUUUGGAUUUGCUCUCCUUUAUGGAAGGGGCAAGAACCAUUUCCUUCACGGUUUUUAUCACUUUGUUUUUCUGUGUAGAAAAAUACUUAAAAGAACUGGAGUCUUUUUUUUUUUUUUUUUAAUUAUUUUUAUUUAUCUGUUUUAAAACCAGUAAGUGUUUCAGUGAGCCCCAGAUGAGCUGAGAGUCUUCGUCACAAGAUGGUCCUUUGCUUCUUUUUGUCAACCUACUCUGAAAGUGCUUUUUAUAGUCUUGAUAGGUGUAGUUAGAGAGUUAGGCUUUCUAAAGAACUAAAAAACCUUCCCAUAAUAUCCUCUUACUGUUUUUCCCUGGUGUCCCAUAACGUUUUGUUUUUAAAUGAUGAGUUACAUGUAUAGGAAGUGAUGUUGUUAGCUUUUGGUGUGCAAUAGUAAAGGUGAGAGGACAGUGCAUAAAGGACCAAAAGUAACAGAACUGCUGCCAAAAGGUGCCAGCCAACCACGUCUCUGUUGCUGUAAACUUUGGUGCUUUCUGUUAAUUAAACUACUUCAGCCAGUGAAGGAUGAAGGGAACAUUUUGGGGGGAAGGGGAGGGGGGAGAGGGCCUGAGCAGCAGGUAAGGGCUGGUGGUGCCGCGCCUGGAGGAACCGGCGCCGUGGCUGCCUCUGCUCACCCCGCAGAGGCGGCACCUCCCGGCUCUGGGCAGAGGAUGGAAAGGAAAGGGCUGGGCUUUUUCAUCCCUAGGAGAUUCCUUUUGGCUCCUAACCUAGGUGAGAUUUCUCUUCAAGGCUUUUUAAAAUCCUCUUUAGGGAGAAUGGGAACGUGUAUGGCCUCUUAAGUAUUUGAGUUUAAAUGUUUUUGUUUUGAAGACCUUAUACUACCAAAUGCUGAAUGUAACUGCCAUAAAUUUCAGGAAAAAAAGCCACGAACAUGAUCCUGUUUCCUGUAGACGAGUUUCUGGUGAGCACAGUGUUGGUUCGUAUCGCUUGGAAAACGUUAAUGUUCUGUUAAGCCAAAUUCUCGCGGAAGUGUGCGAGCUCCCUGCCGUGUUAACGCUGGGCGGCCGGGGCCGGAGCAGCAGCAGCAGGAGGAGGCAGGGCUGUUCAGCAGCAGAGCUGCAGGCAGGUGAAGCGUGUGUGUUUGGCAGGAGCGGGGCUUGUGUGGCCACACGGCCGGCGGGCGGGAGGGCCGGAGCGGCAGGAGGGCAGGGGAGGAGGAGGGGGAAGAAUUCUCCUAUUUGGGGAACAGCUGGUGACUUGGUUGAGCCCGUACGACUUGAGAAUUAAUCUCUGCUGAGUUAGUAGUGUGUGUUCUGUACCUUUUAAUUGUGCUUUACCUCUGUUUAAAAGCUUUGUACUGCCUCUCCUCUUUGAAACUGGUAAAGCCUUUAUAAAUCUAAAUUAAUGAGCUUGCACAAUCUUGUAUACAGGACUCCCAUCUUGUCUCUAACGUGAUUAUUAAUGUAUUAUUCUGUAAAAACUGAUUAAAAGGAGAGCAGUUUAA